AUGUUUAGAGCCUUAUUGAAAACUACACAAUCUUCCAGCAAGUUUACUGGUCCAGUUAGACAACAACUUCGUAUGUUUGCUACUGCAACAACUGGAGAUAAACAAGUGUUUCGACUUACUGAAUAUUCAGAUUUAAAUGAAAAUUAA